AUGCCAGGCCAAAAAAUCCUCUGCGUCGCAGAAAAGCCGGCCAUAGCCAAAGCAGUCGCUCAGCAUCUGUCCGGCGGUCGCUUUCAGACGCAUCCAAUCCGUGGCAAUCAAUAUGUGAAGAAUUACGAGUUUGACUAUAAUUUCCGCCAAUGGGGCACUUGCACCGUGGUCAUGACCAGCGUGCUGGGCCAUUUGACCAGCGUCGAUUUUGACGCUCAAUACAAAGGUUGGAAGUCAUGUGCGCCAAGUCAGUUGUUUGAGGCAACCACCAAAACUAUCGUCGACAAAGACAAGCAAUCCAUCGCCGACAACAUCAAGUCUCAAGCCCGCUUUGCCAAAAUCCUUUUCAUCUGGACCGAUUGCGACCGUGAGGGAGAGCACAUCGGUGGCGAAGUACGCGAUCAAGCGAAAAAGGGUAACCCCAAUGUCACAGUGAAAAGGGCAAAGUUCAGCAACACGGAGCGAGGUCAUGUUAUCCAGGCUGCCCAAAACCCAAUUGACUUGGACGAACGUCAGGUCAACGCCGUCAUUGCUCGUAUCGAGCUUGAUCUUCGCAUUGGUGCAUCCUUCACCCGAAUGCAAACACUCCAACUGCAAUCCUUGAGUGAAAACUUGAGGGAUCAGACAAUCAGCUACGGGUCAUGUCAAUUUCCCACCCUAGGUUUCGUUGUGGACCGGUAUAACCGAGUUCGAAAUUUCAAACCAGAAAAUUUCUGGUCGAUCAAACUAAUGCACACUCGCGACCGCAUCAAGGUAAAUUUCAAUUGGCGCCGGGUGCAUCUAUUCGACCGAGCCGCGGUCACCAUCAUCUUCGAGCAGUGCCUCGAUGCCAAACAUGCCCAAGUUACCAAAGUGCAAAAGAAGCCAACGUCGAAAUGGAGACCUCUUCCAUUGACCACCGUCGACCUCCAAAUUCAAGGCAGUAGAUUUCUCCGCAUGACGAGUGCUCAAGUCAUGGCCGUCGCAGAAAAGCUCUACAACAAGGGGUUCAUCAGCUAUCCGCGUACCGAAACGGAUCAGUUCCCACGGGAAUUUGAUUUUCAAACACUGAUUCAACGGCAGACAAAUGAUGAGAGUUGGGGCCAAUUUGCUCAAGGACUACUCGAUGGAGGAUUUCGUUCGCCCCGGUCGGGUCGCAAUAACGAUCAAGCACACCCGCCCAUCCAUCCCGUCAAUUAUGUCGCGGCAUCAGCAUUGGACCAAAAUGAGAAACGAGUUUAUGAGUUUGUGGCGAGAAGGUAUCUCGCGUGCUGUUCAGAAGAUGCCAAGGGAGAAGCCACCGACAUCGAACUGGUUUGGGGUCCAGAAACCUUUCACACUCAUGGCCUCACCGUGAUCGAGCGGAACUACCUUGAUGUCUACCCCUAUGACAAGUGGGAAAGCAGUCAACAGUUGCCAACUUUUACUCUGGGCGAGUCUUUUGUACCAACCGAGGCCAACAUGGUGGAUGGGAAAACGACUCCCCCGGGAUACCUGACGGAACCCGAACUCCUUGCCUUGAUGGAUGCCAAUGGAAUUGGCACGGACGCCACGAUGGCCGAGCACAUCUCCAAGAUCAAGGAACGAUCCUACAUCGACACCAGGGCGCGGUCGGGCAGCGGGCGAAAUUCGAUUCAAGAGUUCAUUCCGACCACGCUUGGAGUUGCUUUGAUCGAAGGUUAUGAUAAUGUGGGGCUUGACGUCAGCGUCAGCAAGCCAUUCCUCCGCAAAGAGAUGGAACUCAAGAUGAAGGCGAUCUGCGAAGGACGGCAGACCAGGACAGAGGUAGUCCAGCAAAGCUUGGAUCAAUAUCGCCAGGUCUUUGUCAAAACUCAGCAGGAAAUCGACGUGUUGAAGCGUUCUGUGACGAAAUACGUGGUAAAUGGCGGGCGAGAUUGAAAUGCACGGCAGGAUUCGGGCCUCCAUAAUGGCACGAUCCAUCAAUUAGAUGGCGCCAACGCUCGUAUGGAACACAAGUACCAGAUCAAGUCCCAUUACGAUUGGAAGUUUCAUGUGUAUGCUGUUUGAGCUGCGUCAGCGUGUCUCCAG